AUGGAAGGCGUCUGGAGUCUGAUAUUUGCGGUGUUGCUGUCCUUAGUGCGAUAUUGCUUCGCUCUCGAGGCGCCAUGGAGCUCUUGGAGACAGCGCCCUUUGGAGGACUAUACCAACAGGACUGUGCUCGGAUCUGAGUUACCGCCAACAACACGUGCUAAAGUGCAUCGAGUUGCGGACUUGAUGCUGGAGAUCUACAGAACACUAGUCGACAUGCAAUACCUUGAACCCGAAGCCAUCCGGAAAGGCCCUCACAAGAUCAACAUUACUCUUUCCCGUGAGCAAGACGUCGACGACUCGGUGAUAUACCUUUGGCAAAUUCGGCCAUACCUGGAUCUAGCAUACGCCGAGGCUUCAGGCUUCAUCUUCGGAGGCACGUUCGUCGACUUUCGUGACGAAGGAGAUAUUCUUCGCAGCCGCGAUCCAAUGUAUGCCAUAGAAUAUGACAACCAGGAAGGAUGCGGUCUCGAAUGCGAACUCGAUGAUAAUGGAGAGCUAAAUCUGCCAUACAUGCGACCUACCAUGACCACUCUCACCAAUCUUGGCAAUCAUGAGUGCGUCAUGGUCUAUGAUGUGAAGACUGAUCGCUGCGACCCCGCAUUGAAAUAUGUUCCUGUCGGCCCCAAGUUCAACAACAACCGCAACGACUUCACACACGAACCGAGCAGACCGGCUGCUGAAGUGCUGAAGGACAUCGCGAAGUGGUACCGAGAUCAGUCAGAGAUCCCUGGCGGCGACGCAGACUAUGGCAUUUCCGAAUGGGACUACGACGUUCUCAAGACCUUGUAUGCGAAGCAUGGUUGGCCCAAUGACUUUGACGCAAAUGCAUUCAAGAUCGAU